AUGACCAAGGCAAAAGUUCAUAUGGAAAAGGUUUUGGAGUUAAGCCCUUUCCUUCAUGCUCCGUCCUCCUUAUCGCGAAUCCGUCGCCGUCGUCGUCUCCGGCCUCAUUUAACUUCGAUCGCAGUCUACCGGAAUCGCAAAUUUCCGAUUGUGGAAAAAAUGAAUUUCUUAAACUCAGCAGCAUCAAUAUGCAGAAGAGUUAGUUUGAGGGAACUAAUCACGGAGGUUCCUGCUUACGGUGGCAGUGGCAUUUCCGAUAGUUCUUCAAGUGGGUUGAGUUUGGUCUUGAAGCGUUGGGCUACAAAGAAAACCGCUGGAUCAACCAAGAACGGCCGUGACUCUAAACCCAAGAAUCUUGGUGUCAAGAAGUUCGGAGGAGAGAAUGUGAUACCGGGAAACAUAAUAGUUCGUCAACGUGGAACUCGUUUUCAUCCGGGAGACUAUGUAGGGAUCGGUAAGGACCAUACUCUGUUCGCGUUGAAGGAAGGACGAGUCAGGUUCGAGAAAAACAAGAUCACUGGACGCAAAUGGAUUCAUGUUGAUCCCAAGGAUGGUCAUGUUCUUCACCCUAUCUACGCUAAAGCUGCAGCCGCCAAGGCGACUAAGAUGGAGACAGCUCAGUCAUCGUGA